GCAUUCACCUUUAAUUUAUUUUCAUUGAUUUUUCCAGUGAUUUUGUUUCACAGAAUUUUCUGUAAACAUUAUUUUCAUAAAUUACGCCAAAACAAAGCUUCGAAUCAAGUUUCCAUGGUAAAGAGUUCCGUUCUCAACCUCUCUGAGUCAGCUAAGGAAGCAAAAGUCAACUUUUUUUCAACCUAUCCAGAAAGUACAUUGACUGUAUGAUAUUAUUCAGGUGCUCUUUGCUGGUGCAUAUUUAUUAAUAAACAAUAUUCUUAAGUUAAGCAAGUGUUAGUCAUGUCGGACUCGGAUCCUAAGCGUCAUCAUAGUACCUCCAAGGAAGCAGGUGUUAUGCGGGCCACCCCUCCUCCCAAAUCCCCUCUCGUCAUGAAGUCCUACAGCGCAGGGCCUGAACGCAUUAAAAUCGCAACGCCUGAACAUCAGGUCCGAGGGCCUCAUUUAUCCCAUGGCAUGAAGUCCCUGAGCGCUGGUCCUGAGAGGAUUAAGGUUUCACUACCUGGGGCAUCCUUCCUCAGCGUGGACGGCGACGAGCGCUCGAAGCACGUGCGUCGCAGAAGUGGUAGUGGCUUGCAAGACCUGUCGGGAGGACACGUUGCUAACACGCCAGAACAUCCUAAGAGUUCAAGCAAAAGUUUGCUGAACAAUUUCCUGCAUCCUAUUAACACUUUGCGGAGACGAAGUGUUUCGAGAGAAUCUAGUUCCUCAGAAGGCGAGAGCAACAGUUCGCGGUCACGGCUUGCCAGCGGAAAUUCAAGUAAAGUCGGUGAUGCAGAUUUGGAGCAUGGGCACAAAGGAGGACAGAGUGUUUUCCUCUCUGUUAUUACGGGUGGGCAUAGGGAGAGUAGAUCACUGAAUAGUAGUAGGAGAAAUAGCAUCGAACUCGCUAAAGAGGUGAAAGAGACAAAAUCCAAGGAGCUCAAGGCCCAUUCUGGCAGGAGUGGAGUCAGGAAAAACAGCCUCGAUGUAACGAAAGAACGCAAGUUUGCGGAGAACCUGAAAGAAUUGAAGAACCGGAAACCAGAAAUUUUUUUAUCCGACAAUGAGCGCUCUGUCCAUUCAAAUCGAAAAGAUAGCUACGAUUUGUUUAAGCAUCAGAAAAAUCAAGAACAGAAUCAGAAUAAUAAGAGAACGCGUGGAAAGGACAAAACCAAACUUACAAAAAUGAAAUCGUUGGGGGAGAGUUUUAGUUUGAAAAUUCCAGUUAGUAAUUUGAGACGUAACAGCUUUGACGCAUUUAGCUUCAGGAAUCUUUUUGGCACUUCAAGCCACAAAAAUAGUGUCGAAGAUUUGAAAAAUAAAGAUAAAAAAUUAACAGGCCUCGAAGCGUUUCUUAGAGUGCACUCAGACUCGACCAAACGACGUCACAGUGUGGGCGGCGAGGAGGCUUCUAAUAGUGAACCAUCUCACGUCUACCGUCCCAUGCCACGCCACAGACGUCGCCUUGGUUCUUAUGGGUUUUCUGGCAAAUCUGAUGACCAGUCCACCUCUGGGACAUCUCGCUGCGUUACUCCAUCUAUCGUUAUUUCCAAUAAUGAUAAUGGCCAACUGAAGAACCGUAGAUCCUCCGGCCCUGACGUGGUCGUGUCACCACCAAGCGGGAGCAGCAGCAGCUGUGGCAGCAUCGACGGCAGCGACUUCAGCUGCAGCGACAUUACCAACGAAAAUAGUCGAAGCAUGUCGCACAGCAGCAUCUCGAGCCUGGAUUCUGAAGAAAAAUCACACAGCUCCGCAAUUACGAGCGAAUCUGAUGAAGACGAAGAACCGCCCCCUCGUGCCGGCGGACAUCAUCAUCGUCCGAAGCACCAUCGGCCCCUCGUGAAGCCACGUCAAGCUCCUCGUACAAACUCCACCACAGACGAUGAUGUUUUCGAUAGUUCCGAGAGCAUAAGCAGCGACGAAGAAGAGGAGCCUGCUCCUAAAGCUAGUGAAAUUCCUCCAAGAGGAGAGUUUUGGGCUUCACUUCAAGCAACUCCUCCUCCACUCGAACUCGACGCCUCUUCCGCGGAAGAUCUGCUCUCAAUGUACGAUAGCUUCCUCUUCCCGGGAGAUGACUAUGAGAAUCUUUCACCCCGGUUUUCAGGCCGGCGCAACUCCGGCGACUUGAACGAGCGCAGCCGCGCGGCCAGCGGCAGCCUCGGCUCCGUCUACAUCCGCGGCUGCGACUACGCCAGCGCUGCUACCGUCUUCAGGGAGUCCCGGGGGUUGCCAUCGGCUGAUCCACUUCUUCAACUUUUAGCAAAAGAGGACGAGUCCAAAAUUCUCAUGAAAUUCUUCCAGCUGCACCGCAGUCAUGAUCUCAUUCCUACCAGCGCCAAACUCGUCAUAUUCGACACCAGCCUUCAAGUCAAAAAGGCUUUCUACGCGCUGGUUCACAACGGCGUUCGAGCGGCGCCGCUGUGGGACCGAGACAAGCAGAAGUUCGUGGGGAUGCUCACCAUCACAGACUUCAUCCGCAUCCUGCACUCCUUCCACCUCAACCAGGACCCACAGAUGGAAAACUUGGAGGACCACAGACUGCAUAUGUGGAGAACGUUCCUUAAAGACGACGACCGACCCUUCAUCAACAUCAACCCUGAAGCGUCGCUCUACGAGGCGAUACGGCUGCUCAUCCAUCAUAAAAUCCACAGACUUCCCGUCAUCGAUCCUGCGACCGGCAACGUCCUUUACAUCAUCACCCACAAGAGGAUCCUCAAGUUUCUUUAUCUUUAUAUAAACGAGCUACCUAAACCCCUAGUGCUGCAGAAGACACUAGCCGAGUUAGGUAUCGGCACAUACACAAAUAUCGUGACCGCGUCCCCUGACACUUUAAUUAUUGAAGCUCUCGACAAGUUCGUGAAGCACAGAGUCUCUGCGCUGCCCAUCGUCGACAGCGACGGAAAGCUCAUUGAUAUUUACGCCAAGUUUGACGUCAUCAAUCUUGCAGCAGAAGGCACCUACAGCAACUUGAACGUGACGCUGAGACAAGCUAACGAGUCUCGCAACGAAUGGUUCGAAGGCGUGCAACAUUGCACCAAAGACGAGCGUCUGUGCACCGUCAUGGAUAGGAUCGUGCGAGCCGAGGUCCACAGGCUGGUCGUAGUCGAUGGAGCCAGGAAGGUCACAGGAGUGAUCUCACUCUCGGAUAUCCUUCAGGAACUCGUCCUGAAGCCAAGUGGCGAUUUGACCGUCCUCCAGAAGAUAACAGUUAGUGACGUUGGAGCGGAGGCUGCUCCUUCAAGCUCCCCAUCCUCGCCGUCCCCUAUUUCCCCCCCAUCGGCGACAGUCCCCCUCACCAAGUCGGGGAGCGAGGAGAGCUGCGGGGAUACCGAUCAGCUCACUGAAGGUCUAGCGUCCCCGGAGGCGGGGAAAGGUUCGUCAGGAGACAGCGAGGACGAGGGACGCUAUAGCAUGGAUAAGAGCGAAGAAACCCCACCCGUUGCAACCCCAGAAGGCAUCCCCAUCAGCGGAUAAUUUUAGUUGAUGUCGAGGCCUUUAUCCCUCUUUUUUUAUUUGGAUGUUCCAAGUGUUGUUGGUCCCACGGCGCGCUGGACUGCAUUUAGUCCGGUGGCUAAAUUUCGUUCUUUUCGGGCCUUUGGCUCCUAAAUAAUCGACGCAUAUUUCAUCCAGCAGUUGACCAAGAUCCAGGCAUCGGCCUCUAAAUCAUAGACUUAAAACCAUUACGGUGACCGUCUGAAGUUUUGAGUGUCCGCCCCCAUGUUCAUGCUGGUCGUAUGUGCAGGAUUGUAUAACUGAUUAUUCACGGCUGGUACAUUAUUUACGUGACAAAAUCAAUUGGGACUUAAAUGACGGUCAAUUUGAAUGGCUGCGGGGCCAAGUAGCAAACUUGUAGCUAGAACUUAUUACCUAAUUUUCUUACUAUUCUAGAACAAGCGUCUGAACGAACAUUGUCGAAGCUGACGCAAGUUCUGGCAUUAAAUGGCUCGUGGCUAACGAAGUGCACAUUUCUGUAGUUCAGAUCAGAGAAAAAGGAUAUUCACUGCUGAAAAUAGUAAAGAAUUAUUUUCUUCAAACGCGGUCAAGUACCUGGUUGAAUAAUUAUCGUGUCCAUUUAAUUUUCCCGACAGGAUCUAAAUUUUAUGGUCUAAACAUUUCUAAAAGAAAAUUGCUGUCCAAAAAUAUUCCGAUUAAUAAGGCCUGUUCUAGUUUCCUUUUAUCAGGCAUUUCCUGCUACUUAUCAAUUACAGAAAUAAGAAGAUCGGCUUUGGCAUAAUUUAGCAAAGCAGUAUGGUGCACAACGCUGAACGAUGGCCUUUUUUAUGCAAAGGCUAUCAUAAGCAGCCUCAUUGUGCUUGUAGUUAACUAUGACCAUUUGUUUGCACGUUGUUUUUUCAUUGCAAAUCCUUUUUAAAAUCUUGUAGAAUUAUUUAUUCUGUUGCUCUUUUGAAGUUAAAUUUUGCCCGCAAUUUUUAUACUCAGCCGACACAAAAGAUGUCGCUUAACAAUGUCUAGAUCAAAGCUGGUACUGAGACAGUGCUUCUGUUCCAGGCAGCUGGUUUUAUACCUGUGCUGCAUAUACUCGUAGGUUGAAUAUUCUUGUCAUAUUAGCUCUCAUCAAACUUUACUCGCUUGUUGAUGAAGCUACUUAUCACUGAAACUUGCGUCCCUACCAAACUGCUCCUCUAUUUUUGGCUAUUUGCUAUCAAGCGCUUUCUGAUCGGAUUAAAAAAAAAUACAUGAGACCAAUGUAACGACACGGCUCUUUCAUGGCUGUCAAGGGCCGAACGAUCCCUGAAACAUUCAAGAAUAAUUUUUUUCACACGUUUCUAUGGGAAGUUUAUCAUUUCUAGAAUUUGAAAGACGCCCAUCUGACAUUGUGUGUCUUUCUAUGUACAUUUUUUUCAUGAUUUAGUUCGUAAUCAUGAAUCUGAAGCAUCUGAGCGACAAUGUCAGUUACUCAGUCAAAACGAAUGUAAUUCGUUUUCUGCUAAUUGGCUGAAAUCGAAAGUUUGAUCCUGUUUAUUUGUAUUUUCAGGUGCAAUAUUAUGAACUAUAUAACAUGCGUUAACUUUGACAAACGUGUUCGUGUAGCGAUCAUAUUGGACUUUAACGGCUGAUCAACGUCAGAACAUUGAGGUAUAUACGACGAAGUGAGAAAAGGUUGUGAACAUCUCAACUAUGAGUUUUAAGCUGCUAAUCAUGGCUUUAGAAAAUUGCUAAGAAAUUAAUUAUGCUGAAGCUAUUUCACAGACUCGAUAAUGAAAAGAAAAAAGACAAAUUAUGCAUCUCCGAUGUUUGCGAGAUGCGUUUAUGUAAAUUAAGCCAACUAAAACGAAUGAAAGGUCGUUGAUUUAUGUUAACAAACUGUUAUUUUCAAUUUUUCGGCUUGGCUGGCAUACAGAACAAGAACUAACAGGUUCGUUACAAUGUAAAGCGUUCGUAAGUCGUCAUGGAUUCCGAAUAAGUUUGUAUGUGUAUAACUACAUUGGUCCAGUAUAGGAAUAGUUGGCUAUAUAGUCGGCUGUUGGAUAAUGACCACACUGAUGCAGCGAAGGAGUAGGUAGCUGUGUAAUCACCAUCGCAUGUAGAAAUAAUUGAUAAGAAAAUGUAAGGUUCGGAACUUUCACGUACUCGAGAAAGCUUUCUUCGCCAACCGUAUUCUGCAGAAAAUUCCCUUCAUUGUAUAAUGAUUCGAAUUGUAUUCAGUUUGUGCUCAUUGUAACUGCUGUACAAAAGAGAAUGACCAUUGGGCGUGUUCGUAUGACCUAAAUUAUACAAAUUUAACAUGUAUAUUAGCAGCAUUGCCUUACAUGUGGAAUACCCCGUGUAUUUCACAUCCGUAACUCGUAUUAUAUUUCACUUGCAACGACGGUCGACGUCCAUCACUCAGAAAUUAAUAAGUCAUAAUGUCCACGUAUAGAUAUUUUCUGCAAUUAGUACUGAUACGCCCUUGUGCCUGGCCAAACCGGGUCAGGAUGGCCCACGCAAGGGCAAAAAAAAUGCAUCGAUAUGUGGACAGUCUCGCUCAUGUCUGCAAGUGUACUAUAUUCUAAUGUUGGUGCCGUGUCUAUACGACGGCAGCAGCAAUUGGCUAACUUUAUUCUAAGCCGCUAAGGAAAGCCAUUGUAAGUUCAUAAGAAGUUGCCUCAUCUUGGUAUAAAUUCACGAAUUAAAGUACUGAUACGAGAA